AUGAAGUGGUUUGCUCUCGUUCUCGUUUCUGUGUCCAGUGUUGCUGCAGCUAGCAUCUCCUCUCGUGCAGCUGUGGCUGCCGUGACUGACGCCACUACCAAUCAGCAAUGGGCCAAUAUCGGGAUGACCUACUGUACUGAAACAGGCUACGCCGGUAUCUGCACCCAUGCUACUAUAGGCGCAGGUACCUGCAUCACUUUCGGCUCUGGGGAUACCUUCUACCAGACUAUCUCAUCCGUACGAAACGAUCCCGAGAAUACUUGCACUAUUUUUUCCGGACUCAAAUGCACCGGUGCCUCUAUGGCCAUCGAUGAGGGGUACAGUGAUUUGAGCACAGUCGGAUGGGACAAUACGGCAGUGUCCUACAUUUGCGACAGGAACUUCAGUUAA